AACAUGGCCAGACCACAGCAACGAUUUCGAGGUGUCCGACAAAGGCAUUGGGGCUCUUGGGUCUCUGAAAUUCGCCACCCCAUAUUGAAGACAAGGAUAUGGCUUGGUACUUUUGAAACAGCUGAGGAUGCUGCUAGAGCCUAUGAUGAAGCAGCUAGGCUAAUGUGUGGUGCCAGGGCAAGGACAAACUUUCCAUUCAACCCAAAUAUGUCUCAUUCUUCUAAUUCAAAGCUUCUCUCAGCAACUUUGACUGCUAAACUUCACAGGUGCUACAUGGCUUCUUUGCAAAUGACCAGGCAAUCUUUAGCAACAGAGGCUCAGAGAACAAAUUCAAUACCAAAUUCCUUCUCCACAACCACAACAAACAACUUUAGUGUGAAAAGUAAGAGACCCCCAGAGCAGGAUCAAGAAUCAGAGGGAAAUAACAGGGUUGUUAAAAAUGUUAAAGCUGUGGAAAAUGGUCCUCCACAAUUCAAGCCUUUAGAAGAUGAUCAUAUAGAGCAAAUGAUUGAGGAGCUUCUUGAUUAUGGGUCUAUUGAGCUUUGCUCUGUCAUUCCUUCCUAG